GAGAGAUGGCAAAUUUCCCAGUUAUCAACUUGGAGAAUCUCAAUGGUGAAGGAAGGAAGGCUACAAUGGAACAGAUUAGAGAUGCUUGUGAGAACUGGGGUUUCUUUGAGCUUGUGAAUCAUGGUAUAGCCCCUGAGUUUAUGGACAAAAUAGAGAGGAUGACAAAAGAGCAUUACAGGAAGUGCAUGGAGCAGAGGUUCAAAGAGCUUGUUGCAAGCAAAGGUUUGGAAGCUGUUCAGACAGAGGUCAGUGACAUGGAUUGGGAAAGCACUUUCUUCUUGCGCCACCUUCCUGUUUCUACCAUAUCAGAGAUUCCAGAUCUCCAUGAUGAUUACAGGAAAGCGAUGAAGGAAUUUGCUUUGAAAUUGGAGACACUAGCUGAGGAACUACUAGACCUGUUAUGUGAGAAUCUUGGACUUGAAAAAGGGUAUCUGAAAAAGGCCUUCUAUGGAUCAAAAGGUCCAACUUUUGGAACCAAGGUGAGCAAUUAUCCACCAUGCCCAAAACCGGAGUUGAUCAAAGGUCUCCGAGCCCACACAGAUGCAGGUGGCAUCAUCUUGCUGUUCCAGGAUGACAAAGUCAGCGGCCUCCAGCUACUUAAGGAUGGUCAAUGGAUUGAUGUCCCUCCUAUGCGCCACUCCAUUGUAGUCAACCUUGGCGAUCAACUUGAGGUUAUAACAAAUGGGAAAUACAAGAGUGUAGAACACAGAGUGAUUGCACAAACAAAUGGUACCAGAAUGUCCAUAGCUUCAUUCUACAACCCCGGUAGUGAUGCUGUUAUUUACCCUGCACCAGUCCUUGUCGAGAAAGAAGCAGAGGAGAAGAAGCAAGUUUACCCAAAAUUUGUUUUUGAAGAUUAUAUGAAGCUUUAUACUGCGUUGAAAUUCGAGCCCAAAGAGCCAAGGUUCAAAGCCAUGAAAGCAGUGGAAACUAAUGUUGGUUUGGGUCCAAUUGCUACAGCUUAAAGAGGAAGGAUAAAUAUAUAUAUAUAUAUAGAUAUAAAUAUACUAUCUGCUCUAUGAUAUUAUAUUUAGAUUAUUUGCUUGAAUAAGUACUACUUAUGGGUGUUUUCUUUAGAGCAAGAGAGACCGGUUGAA